AAACGGCCUGGAGGCCGGCGGUUCUAGCUUGCCGCCCCUCUCUCUCUCUCUCUCUCUCUCUCAAUCGCCGACGGUGCCGUUCUUCGUUUGCUUCUUCCUUCUUUUGGGGUGCGAUCAUGGGGAACGUCAGGAGCAGGCCGGAGUCGAUUGAGCAGUGGAGACGCCAUGGAAGCAGGACGAGAGCAGGUCUUCCGUCGCAGGCCCUCGAUUCAGGUCCUGCUCUGGUUUCAGGUACACCGCAACAGGCAGAGGAACUUGAGAUAUGUUAUGACGACAUCGAAUCCAGUCCACCUGAAGACAGCAGAACGGUCCUUAUGCGUGGGGGUCUAGGACUGAUGGAGACUCCGGAGGUCACGCAGUGGCAGAGUUUCACAGAGAUUUACUUGAUGGAAAAUCAGCUGACUGAGUUACCCGAGGAUCCUCCUCUGUGUCCUCUACUUUUGGUAUUGUUUCUGAAUAGAAAUUACAAGCUCAGAACGAUUAGUCCCUCUUUCUUUGAUUACAUGCCUGCUCUUGAAAUCCUGAAUUUAUCCCGAACUCGGAUCAAGUCCUUGCCGGAGUCUCUAUUCAGGUUAAGCCGCCUAAAAAGACUAUUCUUAAAUCAUUGUGAGCUAUUGAUGGUGUUACCUCCGAAAAUUGGAGAACUUCAGCAGCUUGAGGUGCUUGAUCUUGAAGGGACUGAAAUCAUGGAUCUGCCCAAGGAGGUUGCGAACCUAACAAAGCUCACUUGCUUAGAAGUAUCUUUUUGUCCACGCGUCAAUCGUGGCACCAAAUCUGCGAAAGCAAACGCAUUGAUUCCUCAAGGCACUAUUUCUGCGCUAUCCCAAUUAGAAGAGCUAAGUAUUGAUGUAAAUCCUGAGGACGAGAGGUGGGAGAGUGUUGUGGAAGCUGUUGUUGACGAUGUUUGUGGCUUGUUGAGGCUGGAUACACUUAAACUGUACUUUCCUCACGUGGGCUAUCUGAGGAAAUUCAAAUGGUUUGGUACAUCAGAGGUGUCUAGAUCAUUGUCCCAUUUCAAAUUCAUUGUUGGUAAUCAGGAUGAACGCGUCAUGUCUUGUCUCCCGGUGGAUCUUGAGUUAGAGUUAGAACACUGGGAUAGAUCCCUGAAAUAUGUAAAUGGUGAGGGUGUGCCCAUAGAAGUCCAGAAGAUGCUUUGGCAUACUAUUGCAUUUUUCUUAGACCGCCAUACAGAUGUCACUAAGCUAUCUGAUUUUGGGAUUGAGAACAUGGAGCAAUUGACAUGCUGUAUAAUUGGGGAGUGUAAUGAGAUUCAGGUUAUUAUUGAUGGAACUGACAUGUAUGAUGAAGCUGAUAGAAGUGAAAUAGUCUUGGAAACAUGGGAGAAUGAUAGGAGGUUUCUCGGAUCACUUGAGUAUCUCCACGCAUAUCAUAUGAAGAGUUUGAGGAGCAUUUAUGAGGGGCUAAUGCAUCGAGGAUGCUUGUCUCAUCUUAAAUGCUUGGCCUUACUCACAUGUCCUCGAUUGACUACUAUAUUCACACCUGGCCUACUGGAAAACCUUGAUAGCUUAGAAGAGAUCAAAGUCGAAGACUGCCCCCUUAUCUUAAGUUUAGUGAGGUGUGAAGAUGCUUGUAUUUACGAGAAUACUUACUUCCUCCCCAAGUUGAAAAAGAUAUCCUUAUUCUCAUUGCCUGAACUCAUUAGCAUUUCCAAUGGCUUACGCAUUGCACCAAACUUGGAGCAACUGAGCGUUGUUGAUUGUCCGAAUCUCAAGAGUCCAUCACCUAUUGAAAUUUGUUUCAAUCAUCCAACAGGAACUAAAGCACAAAGUAUUCCAAAUGAUGCAAGCAGAGAGCAGCCUGCUCCUCCUGUGGUUUCAUCUACAACCACUGCACAAAGUAUUCCAAAUGAUGCAAGCAGAGAGCAGCCUGCUCCUCCUGUGGUUUCAUCUACAACCACUGCACAAAGUAUUCCAAAUGAUGCAAGCAGAGAGCAGCCUGCUCCUCCGGUGGUUUCAUCUACAACCACUGGUAAUGCAGACCCUUCAACUUCUAAACUCAAAAGGGAACCUAAAGUUGCUCCUCGGCUGUGGAAAUCCUUAUUCAAUGAUCGUAAGUUAGCUGCAAGAAACUUUAGUGCUGCAAGUCUUCUUGGUGAAGUUGGUUCGAGCUGUGCAUGUGGAUUUACAAAUGAUACAAGCAGAGAGCAGCCUGCUCCUACUGGGGUUUUAUUUACACCCACUAGUACAGCGAUUGACUCAGUUUCAUCUACAACCACUAGUAAUACAGCAAUUAGCUCUUCAAUUUCAUCCAAGACCACUAGUAAUACAACAGCCAACACUUUGACUUCUGAACUCACAGAGGAAAUUAUAGUCGCUCCUCAGCUGCGGAAAUUUUCAUUAAAUGAUCUUAAGUUAGCUACGAGAAACUUUAGUCCCGAGGCUCUGCUCGGCGAAGGCGGUUUUGGCCAUGUCUUUAAGGGUUGGAUUGAAGAAAAUGGGACUGCUGCUGCGAGGCCUGGCACUGGGCUGACUGUUGCUGUUAAGACUCUCAAGCUCGAUGGGCUGCAUGGUCACAAAGAAUGGCUGGCUGAAGUGAGUAUUCUUGGUCAUCGAGAGCAUCCAAAUUUGGUAAAGUUAAUUGGAUAUUGCAAGGAAGACGACCAAAGGCUGCUAAUAUAUGAGUUUAUGCAAGGAGGGAGCUUGAACAAUCACCUCUUUAAAAGAGGGACUCGGCCUCUCCCUUGGUCUACCAGGAUGAAAAUAGCGCUGGAUGCUGCCAAGGGUCUCGCUUUUCUUCAUGAGGAAGCACAACCGCAAGUGAUAUUUUGUGGUUUUAAAACUUCCAAGAUCCUAUUAGAUGCUGACUACAAUGCCAAGCUUUCUGGUUCUGGACUUGCAAAAAUUGUUCCCAAGGGAAAUCACCAUGUCUACACCCGUGUCAUGGGAACUUUUGGCUAUGCUGCCCCAGAAUACGUAGCCACUGGGCUCCUCACAGCAAAGUGCGAUGUCUAUAAUUUUGGAGUGGUUCUUUUGGAAAUUCUGACCGGACGGAGAGUCAUAGACCGAGAUCGGCCUCCCCUUGAAGUUAACCUUGUUGAAUACGUUCGGCCACUUCUAGGAAAGAAAAAAAAAUUGCACGAAUUGAUGGAUCCAAGGCUUAAAAAGUUCUCAGAAAAAGGUGUCCAGAUUGCUUUCACGUUGGCUGCUCGCUGCCUCAGCUUAGACCCAAUAGCUCGUCCCCAGAUGAAAGAAGUUGUUUACGUUUUGAAGGGUCUCCCAGAUCUCCCAUAUAAGGCAAGUUCAUCAACAAUUUUCAGAACGAGACAGGAAAGCACUAGCAGUGGAGCAGCAUCCAAACUCAAACCACGGUGAAUUCAAAGAAUGCAAGUCUUUCAAUUCCGGAAGAAACCAAUGUAGAACCGUGCCACGACACCACCAAUCUCUGGAAGCCAAUGGUAAACCAUGGCAAUGUGUCUAGAAAUAGCUGUCCUUCAACCCCAUUUGUCCCAUUUGUUUCCGUUUCUUCUCUUCCUUUUUGGUGCAGGAGUUUCGACUUUCAUAUGAACAUUCGCUCCUAAUUACUGAAAUGUUGAUGGAGUAAAAUAUAAUAUGAGUUAUGCUGCGUUUCUAAAGGUAUCCUUUGAGAAGUGGCCAGGUGAAGCUUAAAACUGGCAGCACCUAAUGCGAAGUAUGUUUGGGCUUCGAUACCUUAUCUUUCCUGUACAGCAUUUUAA